AUGUCUGGUAAAGGACUUGGUGCACAGGUUGGUGGUAAGGGAUCAUGGCGCCGCAAAGUAAAGAAAGCUCCAACAGGAAGCCAAAAUGCUGAUAAGCUUUGGCUCGCCGCUCAACGCCAGGGUUGCCGCGAUAUCGGUGAGAUCGACUCUGCUUCAAUGAUCAUUGCUGGCCAAGAAAAGGGCCUUCAAUUCACAAAGCCAGAGCUCGCUAUUGACAUGCGUGCUAACACAUACGUUCUCCGCGGCAAGCCAGAAGAGAAGCCACUCGUUGAUCUCCUUCAGAACCUUCUCGCUGGUAUGGGCGUCCAGGCUAAGAAGCCAGAAGAGGCCAAGGAAGAACUCGGCAAUGUUGAAAAUGUUGAUUUCUCAAAGCCAGAAGAAGAGAAGAAGGAGUAA